UGCUUACAGCCCCUUGUUUCAGUGAAUUAUUGCUUUUACUUUAUGAGCUACAGUUUAUGAUUAACUCUAGUCACUCACAUAAGUUCAUAACAAGGUGUUGUAAACAAGGUGUUGUAAACAAGGUAUUGUAAAACGCUUUGAGUGUCUAGAAAAGCGCUAUAUAAAUGCAAUCCUACCAGAACGCCUACAAAAAACCCGAAAGUUAAUCUGACAAUUUUCAGGUCAAUGAAAAAAAAUUUAAAUUGACAUCUGACAACCUGUAGGCUAAACUAGAGAUUAGAACUCUUGUAUCCCUCUAAAAAAGGUCAUUAAAAGUAAUCAGUCAGCUAUAAAUUAGAGGAACAGGGCGAGAGAGAGAGGGCGAGAGAGAGAGAGAGAGAGACCUGUUGGUGUCUAGGUGUGAACUGCUUCAGUCAGCGGCAGAUUCCCAACUGCAGCAUCCUGACAAGCUAGCCACAGUUAAACACCAGCUGACUGGAAAAAUACCUUUAAUCACACUGACAAUGCUCCCAUCCUGCUACUGGUGAGUGACUAAAUUCUACCUUUAAAUAUUCUCUUUGGUUGUGGCAACUGUAAAAUUAAGUAUAAUCUUUUUCUCUAAAUUAAGCAUAUUAAUUGCUCAAACUUUUGCAGAAAAAUUUGUAAUAUCCAUACAGAUUUAAAGAUGGGGUCCUCUAUUUUAAAUCUGACAGGUCAUCGAAUUAAAAACAUCUGUCUUAAUAAUAACGCUAUGAGAAAGAGAAUUUGUCACCUAUUUUAAUUUUGAAAAGUUAUUUCCAAAUUUGAAUUAAAGUUAGUUUUUAGAUAUUAGAAAUAUAUAUAUUUUUUUAUUCUUCUAUUGAUGCUCAUUUUGUGACUGAAUCGGUUCUUUAAUGACCUACAUUAUAGAUGAGCUGGCAAGAAAAAAAAAGAUAAACUUUAAUCAUGAUCACACACAACAAACAAUUGUAAAAAGCUAUAAUCAGACUCUGCCUUUACAACCGGAAAAAUGCUCACCUGAUUGCCUAUGCAGUGCAAACUUAGUUCAAUUAUAAAAUCUCAAUUAAAAAAAAAAAAAGAUUGAUUUUAUGGGCUCUGGUAAAUGUGUAUUUAAUCUGUCAAUGUAAUGAAAUACAUCAGUUAAGCGCUUUUUCGGUUGGCUUUAUGCAUGUAAUGACACCAAAUGUUUGCUUUGUUUCUUUACAAGCAGGAAGCUGCUGGUAAAAAUUUAUUGGCAAAAUCAAUUUGUUUUCUAUAUAACAUAGAGCGGAAUAUAUACGGAUGUGUAUUCGUGUCAUCUCAGCAAAUUUGCAUUUCAAUUUUUAAAAAAAAUUGUUUUGUUUGAUUAAGUUUUAACUUACUACACGUUUAACUGCUCCAGCAGAUCUUUCGUCACAUAUGCCCUCUUCAACCGAUCUAACCCUCCUCCAGAUAUAAGACCAUAACAAUUUGACGUGCUGGAAGUGGUCAAAUCAUUUUGAGACAUGGAGCAGUGGAAUAUGACUGAUUUGACAGCCAAGCCGGUCUCACUUUUGUCUAACUGUACUGUCGAUAUAAGCUACCGCUUCACCUUCUACAAAGUAUCCUACAGUGUCAUCUUCCUGCUGGGGGUGGCCACCAACAGCCUGGUUCUGCGCAGACUGUGUCUGUCUCCCUGUACCAUGAACAGCACAGCCAUUUACAUGGCCAGUCUAUCGACGACUGACUUGUUCUUUGUCAUCUCUCUACCUCUGAGAAUCUACUACUACCACCAAAAGGCUCAAGCCUUGUCCUCCAAGACAGAGGACAGCCCCAGUUGGACUCUUGGGCCAGCUUACUGCCAGAUCACAUUCACUCUCAAAUACAUCAGCCUGUAUGGGGGCAUCUUCUUCCUGGUGUGCAUUGCUGUGGACCGUUACUUUGCUGUAGUGCACCCCCUGGCAUCGACACUGCGCAGGUUGCGUGCCGCACGGGUGGUGAGCGGAGGGAUCUGGUGCCUGGUUCUGGGGCUCAGUGUGUGUCUGCCUGCGCUGCGGUUGGCGGCUUCUCACCAGAACAAGGCCUGUCUGCUGGAUCCGUCCUCACGACACCAUCGCACCCUUAUCCUGCUAUUCCUGGGCAUAGCCCUGGGGUCAUUUCUGCUGCCCACUCUUGUACUCCUCUACAGCUACUGCCGGGUGCUGAGUGUCCUUAGCAAGAUGAGACACCGCUGCCGCAGCAACCGCCACGGCCAUCUGCACACUCUAAGGGUUAUUUACUCAGUGCUGGGUGUGUUUCUCCUGUGCUUUCUCCCCUAUCACAUCAACCUGCUGGGAUAUACUCUCACACACAUGAAGCUGUUGCCACAUUGUGGCCUGGCUAAGGCGACCAAGGCUAUGCAUCCUGUGGUCCUUUCCUUAGCCAGUUUCAACUGCUGCCUCAACCCACUUAUCUACUAUUUCUCCAGCAGCCCGGUGCACAGGGAGGUGCCCAGUAGUGGAGGCAGUGGUAGCCGGUGACACAAGUACUGUAAGACCUCUUUAUUAACAAAAGCAUUAGAUUGCUUUACUGUACUUUUGUCAAUUUGCAAAAAGUAUCCUGUUACCUAUAUUUUUUUUUUCAUUAUAGUGAAACCAUAACCACCUUUGUGUAUGUUAAAAGUGUAAUCUGUUGUUGUUUUCAGUUUCCGUGUGUGUGUGCCCCACGUGUGGAGCAGUCAGAGUAAAGAAGCACUGUGAAAUCAUUUUAUUUUUGGCAAAGCAGCUUCGUAUGUUUGGGAAAUGCUGACAUGGAAUGAGAUCAGUAGUGAAAGCAGGAUUUAUGUAGAAUCUCCUUUCAUUAUUCUUAUUCUUAUUCUUAUUCUUAUUUUAUUUUUUUAAGUGACUCUUAAACAGUGACAACAAUCUGCUUCUUUUGGGCCAAUAAAUCCUAAAUGAUUGAUAUCCAAAGAGUCUCUAUGUCAUGUAUACAUCAAUCUCUGUGAAAUGCUGUGAUAUUAUUGGCAUCCUAGUCUAAUAGCAAUGAAAGAUCAAACUGACCGUCCU